AUGGAUGGGAUUAGACAACCAGCCAUCAUCCUCACCAUCGGCGUUUCGGAAAUUUACGAGAAUGACCUGGAGAACGAUCUGUUCAAUGAGUUGCGGGGGGACCUCGAUUCUGCUCGCUUCAGCUUCUACGAAGUCUCCAACGUCAUCGCUGAAGUCGUACCCGGUGGCUUGAAAGUCUUCCCGCUGCUGAGUGAACGAAUGAAGGCGCACUGGCGCAAGAUGGCUAUCCGCAAAAUUCAUGCCGAGUGCCUUGCUGCCGAGCGAACUGCAAUCGUGGCUGGAUACUCUAAGUUGUGGCCGGGACAGUCCAAGUUGAUAUCAUUGACUCAGGACGAAACAGCCAUGUACACCCAUGUCCUCUACUUGAACGUAUCCGCGCCAGACUUCUCUUGUUAUCACCGUAAAGACACGGAGAUAAAGGAGCGGCAGUAUCGGCAGAGAGGUGCGCUGCGAAAAGCUUGCUACGAGAACGGUAUCUUGUUUUGGUCCGUAUCACCGGAGUCUGUCUUCAGCGGGAAGAUUGGGAAGGUUCCCAAGGUGAUCCUUGACUUCCAUCAGCACAUCCAUGGGCCCAAGUCAUCACGCGCUUGGGAGCGGAAGCUCGAGGACAUUGUCAAUGCCGGCUCCGUGCAGAAAGAUACAUACCUGGUAGUAGACACCGACAAGACUUUGACUGGGACCAGUACGUGCUUGAUGCUCGACCCGUGGAUGAGCAAGGAGCCAUGGGGAACAUCUCCACUGGAGACACUGUUCAGCGGUCCCUUAGGCUACAUCGAUGCUGCCUUCCGACAGGCUGCGCUAUUCUACGAGGAGGUCGUAGGUUUCAAUGAUCUCUGCGACGACUUCAAAAUCAUCGUCCAACCCGACUUCAUUUCAUUCUUGCGGCGGAUGGCAAAGGAGGGAGACGUGGGCAUAGUCUUUUGUGACUCCUCGGCAACGGCCCUUCCCUCGAAGAUUGUGUCCUCACCCUCCGAGAAACCCCAAAUAGUCGAGCGUUUGCGGAAAUUCCAUCGCAUGUAUGUCUGGGCUUUGGGAGAUACCGCAUUUGAUCUGCCUAUGCUGAAGCAGGCAGACCGUGCGAUCGUCAUGGUGGGCGAGGAGAAGGAGCGGUGCAAAUUGACGGACCAACGAUUGCCGUGGGCCAUUGAGGGCGAAGGCCUCGAGGCGUGUCAGAUCUUACUGCCCAAGACCGUGACCCCUUGGCUUGAUACCACGAAGCUCCCAAUAGUCGACAUCGACGAUCCCAAACUCAUCGCCAGAAAUAAGCAUGCGGUGAAAUUGCUCGCCGGGUUCGGGCUCACGGGGUCGGCACAGUACGAGGCCUAUCGUCGCAUAGGAUGGUACCUCGCGACCGAGUACUUGGCAGCGAUCAUAGGAACCGACUACGUUGAAGGGACAAAGGAGUACCGUUUCCCCCACGAGGAGGAGACGUGGGUCGUCGCUGUGGUGAGCUGGGCGGAGGUCUUAGCGAAAAACAUGGCGAAAGGUGUUCUCCAGGCGAUGCCGCGAGCCACCUUGGUGCGUGCCUCCACUACCCAUUCUAUCGCGGAGAACAACUCGAGCACAAAUAGACGAACUAUAGUGUUUGUCGACGCCCACAUGAACUCCGGGGUGACUAUUGAGAUGCACGUACUCUCUGCUCGGGCCAGAUAUCCGCACGCUCGCAUCGUGAUAGUUGCCGGUGUCGUCCGAGCUCCGGCACUCUCGAGAUUCCGUGGACUUGGAGACAAGUAUGAAGAAACGUCGACACUGGUAUUCGGCUCUCCGACACCUGGUGGUAUGAUUGGGCCAUGGGGUCACCUCUUGAUCACGGCUCGAGGCGGCGGCGGCGGCGACGAGAUCUGA